UAAAGUGUUGUACAAUCUACUUUCCUUCUCUUUCUCCCCACCACCCACUACCACAACGUUCUCUCUACCAGUAUGAAGCCGACUAACGUAGCAAGCUGGAUCUUGCUCUGCUUCCUCUUCAUUUCCUGCCCGGCCGUGUCCGGUAUGCAUCCAGGUCGUUAUGUUCCUCCUCACGAGUCAGCGAAUCCUGAUGGUGUACGUCGAGAAGACAACGCCGAGCUUCUCAUACAGCAUUACCUUAGUCUUCAUGGCGGACAACACGGAUUCCAGCCCUCGUACAGCGACCCCACUGUCCUACAUGCAGCUCGAGCCUUUUAUUCAAGCAUCGGCCGCGAGGAAGCCGCCGAACGUAUAGAUGAUUUCGAGCGUUUGCACCGAGCGCAGCGAGAGGCCGAAGCUCGGGCAGCAAGAGUCGACGCUGCGGCGCGAGCAUCAGAAGCCCAUGCGCUUCGUGAGGCAACUCAGAUUCACUAUCGCUUUGGUCGCACGCGUCAACGGGCACAAGCGACCCAGCACCCCUCUGAACCGAUCUCUCCACCACCCUCCUCGCCAACCGAGGCUUCUCCGGCCAGCUCGCCAGAGCGAGACUGACAGACCGAGACCCUUACGUUGGCACCUCUUCCUCGUCGUCACAGUCUUUGUCGUCGCUGUCGUGCCAGCUGCCUCGUUCCCAGGUCUCGUGGCUCUCUGGGGAAAAUG